CUGCAUAUCCUCACGAACCAUUAGUUACUUUUCCAUACUAAUGAAGCUCUAUCUUCUGUUGAUCGGUACUUUGUGCCUCGUGCUGGCUGUGUCCGCCCGGCCAGCCGAUGGGGCGGAAGAAGCAGGAAAAGACGGUUCCGAAGGCGCCACUGGUGCCGAAGAUGGGCCAACUGGUGCCGGUGCUAAAGGAGAAGAAAGCGACACAUCCGACAGUCCCCAGGAUGGCGCAUCUGAAGACAAAGACGCCAAAGGUGAAGGUGGCGAGGGAGAAGAUAAAGGAAACUCCGGCGAUGAAGAUAAAGUAGAAGAAGAAGAAGAAGAUGGUGGUAAGGAUAAGGAAAGUGGCAAGGAAGACGGUAAGGAAGAUGGCAAAGAAGAUGGUGAGGAAGACGGCAAGGAAGGCGGCGAAGAGAGUAGUAAGGAGGGCGAUGAAGGUGGAGAUAAGGAUGAUAAGGGUGGUAAAGGUAAGGGAGGUGGUAAGAAGGAAGAUGCACGGCUCACGUACCGGGAGGUACACAAACUGCUGAAGAAAGCUAUGAAGAUAGACAUGAAAGACAAGUAUCUUAAGUCGUAUGUUAUGGGACGCCUGCAAGAACGACUCAUGAAUCCAACCAUCGACCUGAUUAGCACUAUUCAAAAGUACUCGAAGAUUAAAGGAUGCUUUAAAUCGGUCGAGAAAGACACCAAGGCUUUGGUGAAAGCAUCAGAAAAGGAGUACAAGGAAUGCAAGAAGGACGCAAACAACACGGAUUGCGGUACGCAAGGUACCAGAGAGCUCGACGAAGGACUUAUUGAGAUGCAACAGGAACUUUCGGAUUGCAUUGUUGAAAAACGUGACUCAGAUGACUAGGUGAUGUGACUCACUAGCGGAUAGUUCUACCGCAAAGCCUGAUACAGAAACAGUAUGACGAAUAAAGUAUUCCACAAAGUUGCAAUCGUAAA